ACUAGUUUUUAAAUCUAGAUGCGCUAAUUCGAAUUAUCUUACCCUUACUCUCUCUCUCUGCCCCAAUUGCUCCAUCUGUAAGAGGGAUGUCUCCUCAGAGGAGUUGGGAGGCUUAAUUAUGGUUUGUAUGAAAAAUGUUCUGAGGAACUCUGGUGAAAAGUGCCACCGAAGUUUGCAGAGCACUCAUAUUUUUUCAAGAGACUGGUCCAAAGCCUUUAAAGUCUUCUAUUGAUUUCAAUGGGCUUUGAAUCAGGGCUUUAGUCAGCCUUCACUUAUUGGGCUGCAUGCACUUAACACUUCCUUUAUUCAGUUUCAAUGUCACAAUCUAGUUAUAGCCUAAGAAUUCCAAAGGGGAAAAAAUGAUCCCAGUCAAAGUGUAGGGUUGGGGUAUUUUAAGUUUAUAUAAAUUAAAAUUCCAAAUGUUGUCUUUGAAUUUAGCAGUGACUUUGUAACACAGUAGUAUCCAAAAGCAGAUCAAGCUGGUCAUCACCGUACAAACAUCAAGUAAAAUACAGCAUCAAUCCUUUCCCACCCCUCCACUCCCCAUGAUGCAUUUACAAUCUAAAUAGCAGCUGUCCACUGCCACUCUGAGUUGGCUAGGCAUGAAUAGGUUAAACUUCUAAAGAUGCAAGAUGGAUUUCUUUUUGAACCAUCUGAAGAAGAAAAAAAAACGGUCACAGGCAGUUAGCCACAUCAGAGGAGCACUAAGGAGCACAUCUGCAAUCUAAGCAUACAUACCCUCUGCCUGCUUACUGGCCCAUGCCACAGCCCCCGUGUGCAGUCACAGAAGAUUCCAUAAGUGCUGACUUUUGAAUCCCAGCUACAAACAAAGGUUUCAGGAGGAAGCAAAAUCCCUCCGUCAGCCAGAUACUGUCAGUACCAUGACGCAAACAUCAGACAUAAUGUCCCUGCAGAUGAUAUCAGUCAUUAAUAAUUCAUCCUUGAUUCAGCCAGGCUUUUCUCUGCUGAAUUUUGGUGGGCGGGUUUUCUUUUUUGGACAAAAAGGCUGGCCAAAGAGAUCCUGCCCCACUGGAGUUUUUCUCCUUGAUUUAAAAAAAAACGAGCUCAAAUUGAAGCCUGCGUUUUUCUCUAAGGAGUCCUGCUAUCUUCCCCCUCUCCGUUACCCUGCUCUCUGUGUUCUCAAUGGCAAAACAGAGUCUGAAAAAUGCCAGUAUGUCAUCCACGGUGGGAAAACACCAAACAAUGAACUAUCUGAUAAGAUUUAUGUUUUGGAUAUGGUAUGCAAGACUAGCAAGAAAAUCACCUUUAUUUGCACUGAAAAAGAGUUAGUGGGGGAUGUUCCUGAAGCCAGAUAUGGCCAUACCAUUAAUAUAGUUCAUAGCCGAGGUAAAAGUAUGAGUGUUAUAUUUGGGGGAAGGUCAUAUAUCCCUCUUGGGCAAAGAACCACAGAAAAAUGGAAUAGUGUAGUAGACUGUAUGCCCCAUGUGUUUUUGGUUGAUUUUGAGUUUGGAUGCUGUACAUCUUACAUCCUUCCAGAGCUUCAGGAUGGACUUUCUUUCCAUGUCUCCAUUGCCAGAAAUGAUACCAUCUACAUCCUAGGGGGUCAUUCCCUUGAAAAUAACAUCAGACCUCCCAACCUGUACAGACUGAAAAUUGAUCUGCCACUAGGCAGCCCAGCUGUGAGCUGCACCGUCUUGCCUGGGGGGAUCUCUGUCUCCAGUGCGCUUGUGACUCAGACUGGCGAUAAAGAGUUUGUCAUUGUUGGGGGCUACCAGUGUGACAACCAGAAGAGGCUGGUUUGUAACACAGUCACUUUAGAAGAUAACAACAUAAAGAUUAUAGAAAGGGAGACCCCAGACUGGACACCAGAUAUUAAACACUGCAAGAUAUGGUUUGGUAGUGAUAUGAGCAAUGGGUCCAUCUUGCUUGGUAUACCAGGAGACAACAGGCAACUAAUUUCAGAUGCAAACUACUUUUACAUUUUGAGAUGUGGAGGAGAAAAAGAAGAUGAGGAGGAGGCAGCACAAAUUUGCAGUCAGACAUCUACAGAAGACCCAGGGGACUCCACUCCAUUUGAAGAUUCAGAGGAGUUCUGUUUUAGUGCUGAAGCCAAUAGAUUUGAUGAUGAUGAUAUUGACACCUAUAAUGAAGAUGAUGAAGAAGAUGAAUCAGAAACAGGCUACUGGAUCACCUGUUCGGCUAACUGUGACAUUGACAUCAACACUUGGGUUCCUUUCUAUUCAACUGAACUCAACAAGCCAGCUAUGAUCUACUGUUCCAAUGGAGAUGGCCAUUGGGUCCAUGCUCAGUGCAUGGACCUGUCUGAGGGCAUGCUCAUACACCUUUCAGAAGCAAAUGUCAAGUACUUCUGUAAUGAGCAUGUUGAUCUUGCUAGAGGGCUGCAAACACCAAAGAAGGUUCUGCCGGUGAAAAAACAACCUAUGAAACCAUUGCACAGAAAAACAUCCAUGAAAAUAGCAACUCCAUUGAAAAAAUCUUUUCUUCGGAGGUUAUUUGAGUAGAUUUGAGCUAAGGAUUAAGGUUCAGCUAGGAGUAAAUGAAGAAAUCACAAACCAAAGAUAGUUAAUAAUGGUUGCAACAAAAUUUAAUAUUAGUGCUCUUAGUGAUGUUCUAUUUUAUUAAUUUUAAUUAGAUUCAGUUUAAUAUAGCUCACAAAUCAACAUUUAUUGUUUGUAUUGUGAUAGCAUCCAGUGGCCCCAGUCAAGAUUAGUGCCCCAGUGGGAUGGGCUCUAUACACACACAUAGGAUUAUGGUUAUUUAGCCUUCCUCAAAUUGAAUAGUACCAUUACUCCAUCCAUAUCCCCACUGACUUUAAAGAAAUUAUUUGAAGAGUAAGGCAAUACCCUGUGUGAAUACUGAUGUAGACUCUGUCCCACAGGAUGCACAGUGCAAAUCAAUCUAUUCAAUCAGUAGAACUAGAAAUACCAGGUCUAAUUCAUGACUGCAUUACUCCAGUUUUACACUGGUAUAAUUAAUUAAAAUCAGGGGACUUCAAGUGAUGUUAAAUUGGGGUGGGUAGUUUAAGCCCAUUGUAUCAAAAAUAUGAAGGCAUCAAAGGCCAUCUCUAAUUUGGGAAGCCUCUAUUUUGGUGUGCCUAAUUUUGGACCCUAUUUUGAUUUGGAAAGCACCAGCUGGAGUUGUGGAAGCUCAGCUCACUGGAAAAUCAGGCUCCUUGUUUAGGUGCCAAAAUAUUUGUUUUGUUUUUAUUUUUCAAAGUGGGUCCCAUGGCCAGGUACUCCGCACGUAAGAGGUUCAAUUUGUUCAGCCUCCCAUUUCUAUGUGUGUUUUUAAAUGUACAGUGAACUAAUAAAGUUUAUAAG